UUUAAGAAACCGUACGUGGCAGUCAGAGAGCGGAACACGGCUGUAGAGUGGAGCUCCUUCCCUGUUCCAACUGUCCGCUCCUGGAAACACGGCAGUUUUCCUGUCUGUUCUGUAAAACGAGAAAAAAAGGGUGACACUCCUUAUAGCGUUGGUGUUUUCAGCACGUCGUUUCAAUUAUGUUUACCAUCUCAGAACUUGUUGUCUUGCUGGCCGCUCUGUGUGCUACCGCGUCCGGCUACUUUGUUAGCAUAGAUGCUCAUGCUGAGGAGUGCUUCUACGAGCGGGUCAACUCUGGCACGAAGAUGGGCCUCAUGUUCGAGGUGGCCGAGGGAGGCUUCCUGGACAUCGACGUAGAGAUAACGGGGCCUGAUGGUAAACAGAUUUACAAAGGAGACAGAGAGUCCAGUGGGAAAUACUCCGUGGCUGCACACAUGGACGGAACCUACAAGUUCUGCUUCAGCAACAAGAUGUCCACCAUGACGCCCAAGAUCGUCAUGUUCACCAUCGACAUCGGAGAGGCGCCGAAAGGCCAGGACAUGGAGACGGAAGGUGGUGACGGCUGGGAUGCUCAUCAAAACAAGCUGGAGGAGAUGAUCAACGAGCUCGCCGUCGCCAUGACGGCGGUGAAGCAUGAGCAGGAGUACAUGGAGGUCCGCGAGAGGAUACACAGAGCGGUUAACGACAACACAAACAGCAGGGUGGUCCUGUGGUCCUUCUUCGAAGCCCUCGUUCUGGUGGCCAUGACACUUGGACAGAUUUACUACUUGAAGAGAUUUUUCGAAGUGCGACGAGUGGUGUAGUUCCCUCCAUCCGUCCAUCCCUGUGUGUCCUCCACUGUUCUUUUUUUUUUAUUUUUCCCCCCUCCAACACCAAGACAGUUAUUUCCACACUGAAAGACAAGACUGGCCGUUUUGAGAAAAGCCAACACGUGAUUUGAUCUGAUGACUUUUUGUUGUUGUUGCUGCUGCUCUGUUACCUGCUUGAUUCCCUCAAUAAUUGUAUGUUUGGAAACAAAUGGCCAAAAGAGUCUGCUUGUAGAUGUCGGAUUCUUUAGUUCUUUUCUUUUUCUUCUUGGGUUUACCAGUUUUCUUUGUCGAGGUUUGAUUAAAAUCUAGUUGAGCGCUGGUCACUUUCCCAGGAAGCGUUCGCUGGCGCAAACGGCCGAGGCUUCCGCAAGCGCAAACGCGAGAAAGAUUUCAGGACGCGUGCGCGGAGUCACCACAGGGGGAAUGUAGGAUUUCAAUUGGAACGCAGUAUCUGGGAGGUGGAGGGUUGUUCCUAGGGUCAAAGUUCACUAACUCCACUCCUCGUGUUUUGAAGUUUAAAGAAUUCAUAUUGCAGCUGGUCUUUCUAAAAAUAAAUAAAUAAAUUUAAAAAAUGAGGCAACCUCUACCACUGUUAUUGGAUUGAAAGUGGAACAUGCCAAAGGGGAACUCAGUGGACAUUUUCAUGGAGGUUUGUCUCUGCUCCCUGUGUAUUUAACUAAAUCCGACCAGGCCACUUGUUCACACACGUAGUAUCUUUUUACACAGUUUAAAACGCGACUGCAGGACGUUGAGGGUCAGAUUUUAACUGAGCUGUUUGGAUGACAGCUCCAAAAAACAAAGUUGAAUGAAUGAAAUCCAUAUUAAAUGUUGACUGAGGGCGGGGUGGAAAGGGGGCGGGUGGGGGUUUGUACACUUAAUAUAUUUUUGUUGGGCUUAGUUGCUUUUAGAAUUCUUGUCAGGGUUUGGGUUUCGCAACAAUACAGUUUUCAACAAUAUUCCAUGUUUUGUUUCUGGAGCAUGUUGAGUGUCAUGCAGCCGUAAUUCCUACGGUCACUGAACGCUGCGUGGAACGAAACAUGCUCCAGUUUUGUAUUGAAACAGUUCUGGCGACCUCGGCCUGCUCCGGACACAGUGUCUCCUUUUGUUUUUGUGACUGCAACAACAACCUGCUUCAUGGGUCUGUACAAAUGUAGGAUGGCUUUCUGUGAACAAAUGCCCCAGGUUUCAUAAUAAAGCCAAUAUUCUGUAUGA